AUCAGCUUGUUGCAGUGUCCACCCUGUUUUGAUGCUGGUGUUUACAGCUGUAGUGAAGGCCCUCCAUCACUGGCAGUGUUCAGGGCUUCAUUCAUCUUGUCAGUAGCUUUCCCUCAGUUUGCUGUCAGUCAUUGCAAGUCCCGGGUGGAGACUUGGGAAUACCAUUGCACUCAGAUGUAGAAGGGUUCUUCAUCGCUGUUUCCGUAAUGAUUUUGUUUUGCCAGUCAGGGUCGUUAGCCCUGAGCUGAACCCUGAAUUUGGAGGACCAGUGGGCCACUCUUAGUCUGGCCUGUUUGGCAUGGCUGACCUUACCAAGAGGCAAAGUGCAAGGCCCUGACUCCAACCAACAUAGACCUCCAGGUCUAAACCCGAAGACAAGGCUGUGGUCCUCUCGGAGGGUCUUGAUGCUACUUACCUGCUUUCCUAAGUCUGUAGGUUUGCCUAUCACUAGGCAACCUGGGCACACCAGAGUCGCAGCCUCUCUUCACCGAAUCUCUUGAGAAGCAUUCAUUUCACUUAUUAAAGGAUCGACUGGAGCUAGUCAAAUAUGCGUAAGUCCGUGCUGGAUGAAGGAUGGCCUCUGUUAUUCUGUUGGUUCAGUGGUUGCCAGUGACAUGUACAAGCUGAGCUGAACUUCACUAUAGAUUCUUUAUUUCCAUUACGUUGCAAUCUCUGUGCUGGUUCCUCUGUUAUUGCAGGCUGGCUAAAGAUAGCUUUGAACUUGUGAACCCGUCAACAGCAUGAAAGUCUGCAAAGCGAGUACUCCUCUGGAGAUGGGGAGUAGUAGGGAUCUCUAUCCUCAUUGCAUUGCGGCGGUCGGAGGAGGAAGCAAGGGGGUGCCUAUCUGUCUGUGUUUUCUUUUUCGACAGUGUGCUGACGGGGAAGGUGCGAAGAAAAGCUACAUAAAGGCUUUGAAAUGGCCUCAUCUUGGAAUGGCCUUCUUUGUAGUUGUGUCCAUCACCAUGACGUGCUGUUUCGUUUGGCAGUACAAGCUUCCAAAGCAAGGCACAAGUGAAGAUAUUUCCUCUAACGAGGUUAAACAGGUGGAAAUGUGCCCGAGGCAUCCCCGGCCCGUACCGUUGGAACACCCCAUACCGAUUCUAAAAGAAGCUCUGGAGAAGAUUGACUUCCUUUUGCGUCAUCAAAUACAUCCAAUGAGUCUGCCGUCCAUUUCGGCUAUUGUAAUAUUUAAUGACACCGUGCUGUGGACUGGAAAUUUUGGGAAAAAAAAUAUUUCAGAUGAGUUUUCGCCUCCACCAAAUGAAUAUACUGUUUACAGGAUUGCAAGCAUUUCCAAGAUAUUCCCCACUAUAAUGCUGUAUAAACUAUGGGAGGAAGGAAAAAUCGCGUCUUUGGAUGAUCCACUUACAAAGUAUGUCAAAAACUUUAGUAUUAAAAACCCACUGGGAAGCUCAAAAGACUCAGAACAUAAAUAUGAAGCAGAUGAUCUGGUAUCUCUAGGGAGAGGGAGAGCCGCCACCGAAGUAUCAUCUGUGACGUUGAAGAGAAUGGCCAGCCAGUUAUCAGGAUUGCCCAGGCGACUCAGGUCCACAAGUCUACUUUGGGAAGGGAAUACCCAGAUGGCACUGGAUCUCUUGAGAGAUGAUUUACUCAUUGCAGAUCCUGGUACAAGAUGCCACUACAGUAACCUAGCAUUUUCCCUCCUGGCUCACGUUCUGGCCAGUAAGGUUGUUGGAGCCGACUACCAGCGCUGGGUCACCGAGCACAUCCUUACGAAGAUCGGAAUGGAGCACACCGGAUUUGAGUUCAGCCCGCCGGUCCGUGCUCAGUUAGCUGUCGGCGUCUACAGCAAUGGCAAGCCGGCUCAGCUCUACGACCUGGGCUGGUACCGGCCCUCCGGCCAAAUGUACUCCACGGCCGCCGACCUGGCCAAGCUGUGCAUGGCCUUGCUGGGGGCCGUUCGCAAGCGCGUCCUGGGCGCCGAGACGCUGAAGGUGAUGCUCACCCCCGUGCUGAAGUGCUCCGAGGAUUACUUCGCCAGCGGGACGGGGACGCCGUGGGAAAUCAGCGAGCAGCUGGGCUACGAUGUCAUCAGAAAAGAUGGCGACCUGGAUGGUUACUCGGCCACCUUCUCCCUGGUUCCUCGCCUCAAAAUAGGGUUCAUUAUUUUAAUGUCGGGUUCCCGGCCCCAAGAGGAAGACUUGACUGCCGGGGUGUAUAAUUACCUCAUCCCAGCGAUGGAGUCUGCAUUCCGCCAAAGCGACAGAAUCCUCCAUCCGCCUCCCGAAUCCAAGCCUUACGUUGGCUUCUACACGUUUUCAAAUUUGACCUUUUACGAGAUAAAGAAAGACAAGAGAGGGGUUUUGGUGAUGCAGCAGUUCGGCCCUCACAUCGAAACCUUGAUACCCGAGAAGUAUAGGACUAUCAAGCUUUGUUACCUAGAAGAAAGGGUUUUUCAAAUCGUAUUUGAGAAAGCAUACCCGUGUGUCCUGAAGUUCAACAAGGCCUCCGUGUCCCUCGAAGCUCAAGACGGGCAGCUCUUUAAUUUUUUCCCCUUCAACAGUAGAGGCCUAUCUACUGGCUUUGACGCUCCGGGCCUGAACACGUACAACAUCGUCAGAAUAAGUCGCAAACCAAGAUUUUGAGAACGUUUGACAUUUUAUCAUCGUUUUUUAGGUGCUUUUUUGAAAAGUCGUCUCAUUUAUAGAAUUAGCAGCAUGGAAUCUGAGUAAGGAAAGGUAUGUCGAACCUUCUCUAUUGAUUCACGAUGGCUGCCACAUCUGUUGUGCCCUGAUUUUUAACUGCUAGGAAUUUGCUGCGAGAUGCUUUCUGACGUGAUCUCCAGUGACUUUUAGUGGCGAAGCAGAGGGAAUCGGCGUGUUAGUUUUCUCUCAAAAGAAUCAGACAGAGCCAUGUAAAUCUUUAUAAUACUCAAAAACCUUUCUCAACAGUCAGAUCAAUCUGGCUUCAUAUCCAUGUCGGUACUAAUUGGUCCUGAAGACUUUCGUAACUUUUCCAGAGAGCAACAGCUUUCUUUUCGUGCUUUUAGUGUUAUUUUGUGAUAAAAGGUUUUGCCAUAAUACACAGUAAGAUUUUAUUUGCUGCUGCUUGUGUUGUAUCUUUGGUUAGGUAACUAACAGAUCCAUUCCUUUUGUAUGGCUAGCCUGAUUCCUAAUUUCUGUUUGGAAUUUGCUUGUUUUAAAAAUUUUCCACAGAUUUUACUUCAACCUAUAAGCAACCCCAUAUGCUUUCCUCUGUCUUCCCACUGCAAAAUGACUUCUUCCCACCAUCGUUAACUUAGUAGACUAGAAGCAGUAAUUCUGGAUUAUUAAUUGCAGAAUCGUAGAUUCAAAGACAUGAGUUCAAACCACACAGGAGCAGUUGAGGAAUUUCAAUAAUAUAAAAUAAAUCUGGAAUGGGGAAAAGAAACUAGCCUCUCUAACAGUAGCACUAGAUUGUUUUUUAAAAAAAAAAUCCUACCUAGUACAUGAAGUCCUUUAGAGAAGGACCCUAAACUAUUCUGGUCUUCAUAUGACUUCAAGAAGAGUGGGUGUGGAAAGUACGUUUCCUAUGGUGGGAGGGCACAGAGUCAGAAUCGAGAGGUGUCCUUUUAAAUGAGAAUGAGAAAAUUAGCUAGAGAGUGGUGAAUCUGUGGAAUUUGCCACAGGUGGCUGUGGAGGCCAAGUCUAUACACGUAUUUAAGGCCAAGGUUGAUAGAUUCAUGAUUGGUUGGGGCAUGAAGGAAUACGGGGAGAAGGCAGGAGAUUGGGGCUGAGAGGGAAAACGGACCAGCCGUGAUGAAAUGGCAGAGCAGACUCGAUGGGCCAAUUCUGCUCCUAUAUAUUACUGUCUUAUGAUCAGACUAAUGUAAAUGAGUCCUACUGACCUCCAUUACUCUGAAGCAAAUGGGGAGCACAGUAGACGUUGGCACAUUAUUGAAUUGCCAAAGAAAAUUGAUGUUCUCUUAAACUGAUGUUUUCGUAAAUUAUUUUGGUAUGUUUAACUUAAUUUGUGUUUUCCAAUCCUUAAAAUUUCUAUCCCAAAUACAUUGUCUAUGACUCUUAAUACUUUAUCUCUAAAAAGAUGAAGUCCUCACCAUGUCUUGUUGCUUCCCUUUGCAAAGAAGUACAGUGGCUGUGCAGGCAGUCUUUUCUAAUAAACCAGUGACAGUGUCACAACGACCAAAUGUAAUAAUUGUGUUUCCUGUGGUGCGGAGAUAAAAUCUUCUGAUUUAAAUCUAGUUCUGGUGCACAGGCAUCAAUAACAAGGUCAAUAAUAUUUUAUUGUUCACACCCAAUAAUGACUUUAUUAAGAAAUUCCAGCCUGGCCUGGUAAGAUACUGCCAGUCCAUUGAAAUAUUCUAUUUACUAAACUGCUUGUGAAGACUGAACUAGAAAGGACAAAUCAGUUAAAUGAAAGAAUUUAUUUAUGAUGUAUCUUUUGGAUCCCUGGGACCUUCUGCACAAGUACUGCACAAUACAACUCCAGCAACCAGUUCAAUCUGACUUUUGGUGUUGAGUGUGUCUGCUCUCUUUGUGACCGCAUGGAUUUUUUCUGGGAUCCUCUAGUUUCCUCCCACAUCCCAAGAUAAGCAAGUUGGUAGGUUCGUUGGCCUCUGUAAGUGCUCCCAACUGUAAGUGGUCAGUUUAAUCUGGGGGAAGGCGAUGGGAAUGUGGAUAAGAUUAGUGGGGGAUUGGAAUUGUUCUUUGAGUUUGCAUAAACUGAUGGGCUGAAUGGUCUCCAUGUUAUAAGGAAAUAAGGAAAGUUGCACUAAUUAUGUCUUUUCAAAACUACUUGCAUAAAAUUUAUAAACAACAGCCACUCCAACAUGAAUCCAUUUGAUAAUCCAAUUGCAUAAUCUGAUGGUUGCCCACUCUCUCCUCUCCAGCUUCCUUAAUCUUACCCAAUACUUUACUGGUGAACAUUGGAUUGUUUGUUAUCGGUUUUGUGGAGUGCUCCAUAAUAAUUGCGGGUAAAGAAGCUAAGAAACAUUGAAAAGACUAGAUAGACCAGACAUUAAGAGAUUGUUUUCUAUGGUGAGGGAGACUAGG